AUGGCUCACGCGCAUGGCCACCAUGAGCUGCUGCAGCAGCGGACCAAGUCUCCUCCACAAGUGGCCCUAGUGGUCUCUGUCCUGCUCGUGUGUCCUCUCCUCGUCCUCCUCCUGGUGCGCCGCUGCAUUGGAACCACGCCGUCGACGGCCACCGCAAGAGCCAGAGAAGAGCUGCUGAGCAAGCUGCCUUCGCCUCCCCGCAGGCUCCCCGUCAUCGGCCACCUGCACCUCGUCCGCCGCCUCCCGCACGUCUCCCUCCGUGACCUCUCCGCCAAGCAUGGCCGCAACGGCCUCAUGCUCCUCCACCUCGGCGCCGUCCCCACGCUCAUCGUCUCCUCGCCGAGCGCCGCGCAGGCCGUGCUGCGCACACAGGACCACAUCUUCGCAUCCCGAGCUACCUCCCCCGUCACCGACAUCCUCUUCUACGGCUCCGCGGACGUCGCCUUCUCGCCCUACGGCGAGCACUGGCGCCAGGUCAAGAAGAUCGUCACCACGCACCUCCUCACCAACAAGAAGGUCCGGUCCUACUGCUACGCACGCGAGCAUGAGGUGAGGCUGGUGGUUGCUAAGAUUCGCGAGGCAGCCACUGCAGGCACUGCUAUCGACCUAAGCGGACUGUUCAAAUCCUUCGCCAACGAUGUCAUGUGUCAAGCCGUAUCUGGCAAGUUCUUCAGGGAGAAAGGCCAUAAUAAACUUUUCCAGGAGCUCGUGGAGGCGAACUCGUCCCUCCUAGGGGGGUUCAACCUAGAGGACUACUUCCCGGUGCUGGCGAAGCUGGACAUCAUCAAGAGGAUGGUAUGUGCAAAGGCUCAUAAGGUAAACAAGAUGUGGGAUGACUUGCUCAAUACGCUCAUCGAUAACCAUGCAAGCAAGCCAGCGUCAGAACGUUUCGGGGAGGAAAGUGACUUCAUCGAUGUCUUGUUGUCUCUUCAACAAGAGUACAACCUCACGAGAGAUCAUAUCAAGGCACAGCUGGUGAUCAUGUUUCAAGCUGGCAUAGAUACGGCAUACAUAGUGCUGGAAUAUGCGAUGGCUCAGCUAAUGCAAAAACCCUGCCUCAUGAACAAGCUACAAACCGAGGUGAGAAGCACUAUAACAAAGGGAAAAGAGAUGGUUACCGAAGACGAGCUUAACAGUUUAGCCUACCUAAAGGCAGUCAUCAAAGAGACACUCCGACUCCAUAUGCCAGCACCGCUCCUUGUGCCCCACCUCUCCUUGGCUGACUGCAACAUAGAAGGAUAUACGAUACCAUCAGGAACACGUGCCAUUAUCAAUAGCUGGGCUCUUGCAAGGGAUCCUAGCUAUUGGGAGAAAGCAGAGGAGUUCAUGCCUGAGCGGUUCAUGGAAGGCGCUAGCGCCAAAGCUAUGGACAAUAAGGGAAACGAUUUCCAAUACUUACCAUUUGGAGCAGGGCGAAGGAUAUGCCCUGGUAUAAACUUUGCAAGUUCCACUAUCGAAGUCAUGCUCACAAACCUUGUCUACCACUUCAAUUGGGAGCUACCUGUGGAAUUAAUGAAGAAAGGCAUAGAUAUGACUGAAUCAUUUGGGCUAACAGUGCAUCGUACGAAGAAACUCCUCCUUGUCCCUAUAGUUCCACAAGAUUAA